GUCUGUAUCUGCUCUGUGCGUUUUCAAGGUAUCACACUUUACCUGACGUCUCCUCCCAGGUAAAUGUCCUUGAAGGCAUAGUCCUCACCUUCAGCAUGAAUCUGUUUUUAACUUGGAGGAUCAAAGGUCUUUUAUAAGUUAUCGCUGGAAUUUGCUCAGGCGCUCAGUCAGUCAGAGGCAGGCGGACUGUGUCACUACUUUGAUCCCUCCAGCUCUUCUCUUCCACCUUAAACUUCAGCUCUUUAAAAAAAAACAACAGCAGCAAAACGAAACCAGCAAUCAUGGACAACAUCUAUGAAACAAUAGAUGAGGGGAAUCUGCAUGUAGAGCGCCGUGAUGGAGCCGACAGCCCCGACCGGGAGCCCAGAUGUGAGAGCUCAGGCGAGGCGAGGGAGCAGCUGUACAGCGAGGUGCAUGUCCACGCCUCCGCGGGAGAAGAGCGCGGCUCGCCGGACUAUAUGGAAAUCAGGGAGGACAGACACAGCUGCUCGUCCCCUUCAUCCAGCGACGACGAUGAGGUUAAAGAGAAGGAGGUAGAGCACAAAGUAGCGGCGGUGGUGGAGCCGGAGCCGGAGCCUGUGGCGGAGUUGAAGGUAGAGCAGGUGAACGGCGAGGCGCACGACGGAUCCAGGCGCUCAUCGGCCUCCUCAGCAUCUUCCGCCUCCAAUGGAGACCCGUGCGACGACCCGCCGGUCCAGCCGAGGUUUCUGGAAGAGGAUAACGCCGAGGACGGGAUGCUGAUGGCGUACACCCACUUCAACACUGACCCCAAGCCGGAGGAGUCUGUCGACUACAGCCUGAAAACUCUGGAGAACGUCACUCUGGAUGAGAGCAGCGCUGCCCCGGCUGACCCCAGCCAGCCUGAAAUCUCUCUGUUCGUCAAGGCGGGCAGCGAUGGAGAAAGCAUUGGAAACUGUCCCUUCUCUCAGCGUCUCUUCAUGAUCCUCUGGCUCAAAGGAGUCGUGUUCAACGUCACCACUGUCGACCUGAAGAGAAAGCCGGCGGAUCUGCACAACCUGGCCCCGGGGACACACCCUCCUUUUCUGACCUUCAACGGAGAGGUCAAGACCGAUAUCAACAAGAUCGAGGAGUUCCUUGAGGAAAUGCUCUCUCCUCCAAAGUAUCCUAAACUGGCCGCCAAGCAGAGAGAGUCCAACACAGCUGGAAAUGACAUCUUCGCCAAGUUCUCAGCCUACAUCAAGAACACCAAACUGGAGGCCAAUGCUGUCCUGGAGAAGGGUUUGACCAAGACCCUGAAGAAGCUGGAUGACUACCUGAACAGCCCCUUGCCAGAUGAGAUUGAUGCAGACAGCAUGGAGGAGGAGAAGGGCUCCAACCGGUGCUUCCUGGAUGGGAACGAGCUUACUCUCGCAGACUGCAACCUGCUGCCUAAACUGCACAUAGUCAAGGUUGUUGCUAAGAAGUACCGUAACUACGACAUCCCCUCAGACAUGACAGGUGUGUGGCGGUAUUUGAACAACGCCUACACACGUGAUGAAUUCACCAACACCUGCGCUGCUGACUCUGAGAUCGAGACCGCCUACAAAGAUGUGGCGAGGAGACUGGCCAAGUAAACUCGCCAACACAAGCUCAAGCAAAAUAAACUAGCAGCACAACACACAAAAAAACAUCACUUUCAAACUUCCAUGUGACUGAUCUUUAGAGUCUUCUUUGGUGACAUUUCUCUAAGAGCCUGCGAUUUCUGUCUGUUGUAGCAAACAGAUCAGAUGUUGCAGACGUCUCUAUCGUAGGAUGGCUUACACUGCUUUACAGCUCCAGAUGUGAUGGAUGUCAGAGAUUCAGUACAUAGUGUAUAUGGUAUUGUAAUUACAGAAAUAGAGACUAACAGAACAGAAGUGGAGCAAAAUAUAAAUCAAACGUGGUAUGCUCAAGUCACAAGUUUGAAACCAGAUUCAAACUCUGCUGCUGUGAAACUUCUGUCCCAACCCUUUUCACUCAAACGUGAUUGUGUCUGUCUGUAUUCAUUUCUCAUAACACAAAGCUCUCUUUCAUACAUACUCCACCGGUCCACACAGCCAAACAUUUUACUAGCUGCUGAUGUCAGGGUUGUUCACUUUAUUUAUUCCUAAGCCUACAGAAGUCGAGUCUGACUCCGGUGUUUAUUAUCAAGCUCUGGCUCCUGGGGGGAGACGCCUUGCUUCAUCUGUGAUUGAUGCUCUUAAUUGUUUUGCUGAAUAUAACUGUUUAAUCUGCACAUUUGUUCUGAUUUUCAUUCAUUCCUGUAGGUGUUGCUGUAGUUGUUUUGUUUCCUUACCUUAAAAAAAAAUUCACUCCUGCUUCUGGAAGGUUGAUUUUAAGAAAGGUUGAUUUUAAAAAUGAGAUGAUACGCGCGGUGACAUUAGUUCAAAAGAACAAAAAUUAGCGAAUGAGGGCAUCUAUAGCUUAGAACAACUCCUGUUUCUGAAUUGUUUGCAUGCAUGAAUCUGUUUUCAAUCUGAUAUAGAGCCUCUUUUUGAGAUAUGAAAAAUCCUCGACUACGUGCCUUUGUCUGGAAGUAUCGAAAGUCCACGCCAAUGUCACUGAUGGACUCAUUCAGAAAAAUGUAUUGCAGCCAGAGCUUAGACAUUUGUUUUGCCUCCAGCUAUUAGUGUUCAGUCUAGGUAUUGAUUUUGUCUUAAGUUACAGAUGAUAUUAUGAAUGGAGAGAGUAUUUAUUUAGCAGACCCAAUCAGGCCUGAUUAGCUUGAGCCAUUAGUGCUGCGAUGAAAAGCGUCUUCCAGGCCAGGUCCACAAUGGUCAGGAGCCCUGCCCUCCAGCUCUUCAUCAAAGAGACAUUUCCUCCGCUCUGAGGAGUCUAUCAACCUCCACAGCCUAAAAGUUCAAGUUCAAAAGUUUCAUUGUCCACGCAGAGGAGGAUGGAAAUUUGUCUUGGGGCUUAUCGUCUUUGGCUUGGUGUCAGGCUGCAACUAUAGCGAGACUUCCUUGAAGAACCAUAAGGCUCUUGUGUGGUUUGGACAAACAUAUGAUAUGAAAUUGGAGCAUGAUGACUGAGAGGCUUGCUCGUUGCAAAGCUCUACAAAUAAAAUAAUAUUUUCACAGA